AUGAUCUCCAAGGACAAUGAGAUUCGGAAACUCAUGGAGUCAGUUGCUCCAAUCAAGGUGCAUCAAUACAAGUCAUACUACAUGAAAUACAUAGAAUGGUGUGAACAAAAAGAGCUAUUAAGUUUUGAGAGCAAUUCAAGUAUACCAUAUGAGAACGUACCGUUGCUUCCACAACUGGUACACUUAUUUCUGCUAGAAUGUGUGAUCAAAUGGCCUAUUGUGGCAUCAGAUGUCAAUGAAUUACAGAUAUAUAUCGAGUCAUUUCGAUUUCUCAAGAAACUGUGUGAUAUUCACUCUGAAGUGGAUCCAAACUCUGAAUUUGAUGAUUACAUUACAGAUGUGUUAGAAUUGCAUAGAAGAUGGGACUCUUUAUUAAAGGACGAAUCACAAUCAUCUCAACUAAAUAAGAUGGCAACCUUAUCUAUAAACAUGUGGAAUUCAAAUACACAAGAACUCUCAGAUAAAUAUUUCAAAACUAGUAUGGAGAAGCUUCGAUUUCUUACAGACUAUCACUUCUAUACACUUCUCAAUUGGCCAUACAAGGAACGGUCCAAAUUAAAACUAUCACAUCUAAAAGUGCAUAAUGUUGAAAACGAUGAAAACUCUUUAAAUGCGUAUAGAUUAAUUAUCAUAAAUGAUGACGGUGCUGUUCAGGGAACUGUGAUACCACACGAUUGUCCAUUAAUAUGCCCCAUAACAACAUUAGCGGCUUAUUUGUACCUUCGAUUUUAUGGUGUGAAACCCAUCUAUAGAGGAGACGGAUUUCCUGAACUGACUAAGGAUUUUGACCUACCGCUCAUUCGAGGAAAGUCUUUAAAGGACUAUCCUCGUGAAGAGACGUUAGGGAAUUAUUACUCAAGUGCCUUUAAGUAUUGCUCUUUGGAAUACAAACGAAGGGUCUACCUUCAUGGAAGCAGUGAUGAAAAAAAUGGGGUCAAGAAUAUAAGGUAUCCUGAUACCUCCAACCCGGCAUAUAAAGAAUUUCUAACAGACUACCCCAAUAAUGAGGAAAUGAAAUUUGAUCGACUGUUCCCUGCACAUAUACCUCUUGACUACGAAAGAAUUUUUAACUAUUCUAACUAUGAUGGAGUACAAGAUGGGUUAACGAUACCUGAAAUCACGGAAUUACCCCCCAAUGAUCUCUUAGUACAGGUAUUUCCUGAGAUAGAAAAGUACAAAAGGGAGAGUUAUAACAUAUUAACAACUAAAUCGAAAGAGUUCUUAAAAGUGCUUGAAGUUCUUAGGAAUGUCUUAGUUAUAAAUUUGCCAUGGAUUUACAGAUAUUUUCCUGAUCACGAAAUCUUUAGUGACCAAACAAGCAUAUUCCAGAAUUCCGAUUUUGUAUCAUACUUUAAUGAACGUAUCGCACUAAUUUCUAAUAAUGAUUCUACUAUCGAUAUCAACUCGAUACCACCACCGCUAAGAAACAUUCCAGGUUAUCAUACAGGCCUGAUAGAAAAUAAUAUUAUGUUGCAAUAUUUAGUGGAGCCAAAUUUCAAAGCUGGUGUUAAAUCUGACUCAAUACCAUCAGUACACGAUAGUAUUUAUAAUAUCCCCGUGACAGGAAAUGAAGGCCAAAGCAGUUCUGUUGCUCUGGCACCACCUAUUACUAAUAAUAGUGGUUGGAAAAAGGAAGCUUUCAAAUUAGUCCAAUUUCAGACUUUAUCAAAUUUCAAUCCAAUGAUUGACACUUUCAAAAAAGUUUUUGAAAAGUUAGACAUGAAAAGAUCUACCAGAGAAUUCAUAAUCAAUAAGUUUGAAACACUGACAAAAUAUGUCAACGCAAGACUUAAUUCCGUUACAUCUGAAGAAAUCACUAGUUAUUUUGACGAUAUACUUGAAAAGAAAAAUGGUUUACGGUACAUCAAUAAAGAGUCGAAUAGUGUAGAUAAACAAAUAUCUGGUAGGGAUGUAGUUGACAAUUUGAAACGCAAAAAGCAAAAACAGAAAAGGAGAUUCAAACUACUGUCUGUUGAUGAUUCAUCAUCUGGAACUGACGAUGCUAAUGAAGAUUCAGUUAAUGACUCUAGUACUGAAAGUGAUAGUUCGACAGAUGAUUUGCAUGAGGAAGAAAAUGCGAUGCAAGAACAAAUUAGCUCUAUGAUAGAUGAACUUGUUACCAAAAAAUUAUCUACCCUUUUUGAUGUGAAAUUUGAACAGAUGGAAAUGAAGUUAGAAAGCUUAGUUAAAAAUACCGUCUCAGAAAAAUUCAACCACUAUAUAGCUCAAGAGAGUAAAAAACGUAGUUACGAAGGUGACUUUGAAAUAGACAAUACCAAGAAGAUCAGAAAGAGUAUUGAUGAUGGUAUCAAAGAAAAAUUCAAUGACAAAGUUAAUACCUCUAGCACAGGUGCCGAAGAAGAACAUUUUGUUUUCCGAAUGGCAGACACCCUCGAUAGUAUUGAUGAGAUUAUACAAGAAUGGUAUACGCCAGAUCCAAAACAAGGUAACAUGUGUGUCCAUUCUAUGAACAAAAAAUACAAAUCCAAGUGGAGAACAGGUUUCGAGAAAAUAUACAGGGAAAGGAAGCCAAUAGUUGAUUUCUUUAUCUAUUUAGUGAACAUGGAAAAAUUAUCCAGAUCCAAGGCUCUGUCUAUAUGCUGGGAACUUAAAUCUCAGAAUAAUUUUACAGUAAGCGAAUUAUCAGCAUACCUAAAAUCGUGGAAAGAAAAGAAUAACUCUACAUUUGUAGGUCUAUUGAAUCAGAUACAGCACACCUAA